CUACUAUAACAUAUUGCUAUGCCUAACAUUUCAUUACCCCAUAACAAUGGCAACAAAAGUACUCAUUAAAAUCCUAAGAUUUCUUGGCUUCAUGAUACUCUUCACCCCAUCAAAUGCACAAUCCCCAUACUAUGUGGGUGAUGACUGCCAGAACUCAACAGAACAUGCCCUCACCUCAACAUACCAAACCAACCUUCGGAACACCCUCACAUGGCUCUCCUCAGAUGCUGCCACAAGCAAGGGAUACAACCACACAACCAUAGGAAGUGGCACAGUUGAUGUCGUGUAUGGCCUCUAUGAUUGCAGGGGUGAUGUCACAGGAACUUUCUGCCAGUUUUGUGUCUCCACUGCAGCCUCAGAAAUCCUUCAACGCUGUCCAAACAGAUCCUCAGCAGUUAUAUGGUACAGCUACUGUAUUUUAAGGUACUCAAACCAUGAUUUCAUAGGGAAACUUAACACAACCUCAUCAUGGACAAUUCCGGGGUCCAAGAACGCCACUGAUCCAAAAGAGCUUCAGAAAGCUGAGGAUUUUAUGCAAAGUUUGAGAAGAAAAGCUACUGUGGAUACCAACAAGUUGUAUGCAAUGGGAGGGUUCAAUUUGAGUAAUUCUGAGGAAAGGUUUGGGUUGGUGCAGUGCAGUAGAGACAUUACUAGUGAUGAGUGCAGCCAGUGUUUGGAGGCCAUGAUAGACAAAGUUCCUCAAUGUUGUGGGACAAAGAUAGGAUGGCAAGUUUUGUCUCCAAAUUGUCUUAUAAAGUAUGAUGAUUUUAUCUUCUACCAGAUUAUUAGUCAAACAUCUUCUCCUUUGCCUAAUCCAGCCAAGCAAGGAGGUUCAAGUAAUUCAAAAACCUUGAUAAUCGCCAUAGUGAGUGUGUUGGUGGCACUAACUCUAAUAAGUUUCUGUAUCUACUUCUUGUGGAAGAGGUAUCCAUCAAAAAAAGAUGGACUGCUAUCAGAGACCACUCCUAUAUCUCUUCAUGAUCAUAUUCAAAGAGAGGAUACACUGAAUGCAGAUCUUCCUACAAUCCCCUUAAUUUGGAUUCGUCAGAGCACAAAUAACUUUUCAGAGUUUUGCAAACUAGGAGAAGGUGGAUUUGGUCCUGUUUAUAAGGGUAAUUUAGAAGAUGGAACAGAAAUUGCCGUCAAAAGACUCUCAAAAACAUCUGGUCAAGGUUUAGAGGAGUUCAAGAAUGAAGUAAUCUUCAUAGCUAAACUCCAACAUAGGAACCUUGUGAGACUCUUGGGUUGCUGCAUUGAGGAAAAUGAAAAGCUGCUUGUAUAUGAGUACAUGCCAAAUUCUGGCCUUGACUCUCUCCUGUUCAAUGAGGAAAAGCGAAAGCAACUAGAUUGGAAAUUAAGGCUGAGUAUUAUCCAUGGAAUUGCAAAAGGACUUCUAUACCUUCAUGAAGAUUCUAGACUUAGAGUGAUCCAUAGAGAUCUGAAAGCCAGCAAUGUGCUUCUGGAUCAAGAGAUGAAUCCAAAAAUAUCAGAUUUUGGAUUAGCAAGGACAUUUGAGAAGGGCCAAAGUCAGGAAAACACAAAUAGAGUCAUGGGCACCUAUGGAUAUAUGGCUCCAGAAUAUGCUAUGGAAGGGUUAUAUUCAGCAAAAUCUGAUGUUUUCAGCUUUGGAGUUCUUCUAUUAGAAAUCAUUUGUGGGAAAAGGAAUAGUGGAUUCUAUCUCUCAGAACAUGGUCAAAGUCUUCUUGUAUAUAGUUGGAGACUCUGGUGUGAAGGAAAAAGUUUGGAACUAUUAGAUCCAAUACUGGAAAAGACAUACAAAGCCAGUGAAGUUAUGAAGUGCAUACACAUUGGUUUGUUGUGUGUACAGGAAGAUGCAACAGACAGACCAACCAUGUCCACUGUUGUUGUCAUGCUAGCAAGUGACACAAUGACUCUUCCCAGUCCUAAUCAUCCUGCAUUUUCAGUUGGAAGAAAGAUCAAGGAAGAAGAAUCAACAUCAAAAGCUUCCAAGGAUGCUUCUGUUAAUGAGGUAACAGUAUCAAACGUUUUACCAAGGUAAUUGUAUAACAUGGUAAAAAUUUUGCUUUGAGAAU